AAGUGGUAAUUUGUUAUAUAAAAAUUAAAUAAGUUUCGAUAAGCGGUACAGAAAAUUUAUGGAUUAUUAUUAUCUUUAUUAUCAAAUAUAAUUAAACUGGUAUAUGACCUUGUAUAUGUAGAGAUAUUGAGACAGUAACAUUUUUAUUUAUACAAAGAGUUGAACCCUGAGACAGACUGGCAUCCCAUCCAGGGUGUAUUUCUGCCUCACUCCCAAUGAUCCAUCAGAUAGACUCCAGAUCCACCAUGAACCUGACCAGGAUACAAUUGUUACUGAAAGUGAGUGAGUGUGUGAACCUUUGGGCCAUGGCACAAGUUCCCCAACUCUGGUCCUGGAGUACGUACUGCACUGUACAGUUUAGUGUUUCGCUGCUCUAACACACCCACUUCAACUCAGGAAUGGCUCUUAAUUAACUGAUUAAUUGAAUCAGAUGUCUAGGGAGCAAGGGAAACACUAAAAUGUGUAGGAAAAGGGGUACUCUAGGACCACAUUGGGAACCUGUGGGCAGUUUCUCAACCCCAGUGCUGGAGGUCCACCCUGCAGAAUUGAAAGUUUUCCACUUCUAAACACCGGAUCAUACUUGAUAGGCUUGAUAAUUAACUGUUGAGGCUCAGCAGGUGAUUUGGGAGUAGGAAGAAUCUGAACCUCGGCGGUAGGCCUCCAGGAUUGGGGUUGAGAACCUACUUAUUUAAGCUGCAGUUAAAAACCAAUUUAGAGCUAUUAUUUAUUACCGUGGCUGUGUGCUGUAAAUGCUGAAUCCGUAUCAUUCUGCAACUGGUUAAUGUUUAGAGUGAUGCACUGGGAUCGAUCGAUCGGUUGGUUUGUGAUCUGGCCUACACAUCGCACUGAUCACUUUUUCAGUCAUCUAUUCCUGAUCACUAGAGAACACUCAGAACACAUCUAACUUCCCGACCAGCCUGGUGAAAACAAACAAAAAAGUGCCACGAAAUCCUAUUUGGACCAAAAAACCCAGUCCCACAUUAAAGCUCAUCCUAAAUCAUUUUUUGCACACCGUGCAGAGAGUAAAGAUCAUUUGCACACCCUGUUGAUCAGCGAGGAUCUCCACUGUAAGCGCGAGACGCACAGAGGCGAGCUCGUGCAACGUUCUGCUCCAAAACGACUGUCUGAUUUCUCCGUUUAGAGCCAUGGAUCAAGCCGAGUGUUAGAACUGAAGUAGUAUAAUCGCAUAGUUUUCCUCUACCCGCUCGGUAUCUGGCCAAACCGGCGUCAGGGCUGCUCGUCGCCUUUGUGCAGGGAGCGUCCUGCAUUCUGCGGAGGGGGGCACAGUUUCAGUGAGCGCAAAUAAUCAAAUAAUGGCAGAGAAAUGAGAAGGAAAACAAAAGCCAAGCGGAUUCUGGACUACGAAAAUGAAGAGCAGGACGAGAAAGAAGAACAAAAACUGGACGAAUUCUACCACGGGCUGCAGAAACGGAGAAAACAAACGGAUGCUGCCAAAGAGCGAGCUGAGGAGAAUUCACCAGCAGCCGCGGGGCUCCAGAAGUUGGACAUGAGGGGCUAUGGGUUCGACUGCUCUCCUACAGGCAGAUUUGAUGAGGGACAUCCCACCGCAGAGCAGGAGGCUGAAUAUUUGCAGUCUUAUUCGAAGAUGGAGCUAAUUGCCAUGGUUCUAUGCAUGCAGCGGGAAAUGGAGAGCUUAAAGGAACAACUACGGUGCCUUACAGCAUGUGGAAAGUUGGCCAAAAACUUAGAGGCCCUGAUCGAGAGGACCCAGAUGUUGCCUAAUGGAGAUAAGAAGACAUCUCUCCCUGUUCCCUCCAGCCCCAUGACCGAGCCUGUGGAAGUGGAUGCUUUAAUGCCAGCUAUGCCGUAUGCCUCAGGUGUUAUGAAUGGGCAGUGGGUCAAGCAGGAAACUCUUACCCAGAAAUCUAAUGAAGUCUCCCACAGGAACGGUCUCUUCACAGAGUUUAUCACACCUGAACUUUUGGAGAGGUGUAACACUGGCACAACUGCCCAGAAGCUGACCAAUGAUCUGUUGCGUGGACUGUAUGAGAGAGACUGUUUGGCCUCCCACUCAAUCUCUGGUGUGGUGUAUAAUAAAAGGGGUCAACCCAAACCUGCCCUGCCCACUGAAGAGGUGCAGGCCAUCCUGAGAACUGUCCAGUAUUUCUUUCCUGGGAAAACUGAUGCUGAGAUUAAGGGCUACAUUCGUCAAAAACUGCAAAACGAAGCAAAAAGAUUGAGGAAAAAACCUCCACUCUCUGGCCCAGAACCUAGAGCUCUGAGUCUAUCCAGCCCUAGAUCAAGUAGCCAUCAGUUGGAUUUGAUUGGACAAAACUCAAAUGUUUGAUUAGCAGUGAUUAUUAUAAUUUUUUUGAUCAUCAAACAAACUAGCCUUAUUCACUGCUAAAUAUGAUCAAGAGAUCAAGAGCUCUUGACCAGUACAAAUUAUGUUAAUUAUUUUGUUCGGACUGUCCUGAAAAUGUUAUGAUCUCUUGCAAUAGCUCCUCAUCAUUGUGACAGCAUCAAUGUCAAGAUCAGAUGGUCUCCAACUAUUAAGAACACACAGUAAUAAGAUUAGAUAUUAAUGUGAGUCUGUAAACAUUUAUCAUGUUUUGUAUUUAACUGCUGUGUAGUAGCUACACUGCACAAUAACAGAAGGUGUGAACAUUAUUUUCCUUGUAUCAUAAAUGUAUUUCUUACUAAAUUAUGGUCCUUAUUACUCAACUGUAGCUUUAUGUAUGUAAUUUUUUUGUUAUUAAAAUGAUGAAAAAGCAAGCAAUUAGCUAAGUAGUAUCUGCUAUUGUUUGUGUCAUGCAUGUUCUCUUGUGUGGAUUUGUGUGAAAGAGGAACACAAGAUACUGGAUAUAUUAGUGUGACUAAACCCCUGUGAAUAUUGGCGAUGGAAAACAAUGUGUGCUGCAUGCAGAGAGCUGCUGAGAUGAAGGUAAUCAAUGACUGAGCGACACGAGCAGAGUGACAACAGCAGGGGUACUGGGCCAGUUGUCUUGGCAACCCCAGUCUUCUGGGCCACAGUAGCGUGGCUCUUACUCUGGCCAGCGCCUCUGAGCAUCUGCCCACUGCAGGGACGAGGGGAAUUGCAGCAAAAAAAAUAAAGAAUGAAAGGCAGAAGGAAAGAUUUCAGGGGACCCAAAGAAAUUUAGUCUGGCAUCCAAUGAGAUGAAGGCAGUCCAUUAAUAAUAAGCAUGAGGAUAAUAUUGUGGUGGGCUUUUUGAUAAUUAUCUGGCUUAUUGUCAUAUUCUGUUCAUGCCUAUCAGGAAAAAUGAUGUGAUUACUAUGGCUGCUGUUGAGGUUUGUGUGUGUGCAUGCACGUGCGUACGUGCAAGGCUGGCCUGAUUAAUAGCACAGACAAUGAUGGGGCAGAGUGAAUUCCCUCUGCUUAUCAUAAACCUCAUCAGUGUGGUGUGUGUGAGAUAGUAAGGGGUAGUGGCAAAGGGACAGAUGAGUGUAAGUCAAAAGUAAGAGGAAAAGUACCAUACUAUUUGUCAAGGAUAAAAAAAAUAUUCUUACCCUCA